GGCUGAGAAAGUUGUUAUGGUAACAUGAACGCUGAGAUGAGAUUUAUUUACAGAAAGUAAGACUGCCAUAAGCAAUAAAAUAAACACUCAUACUCAUUUAUUUAGUAGUUUGAUAAGUGCCUGUUGAGCAUGAUAGGUUGGAACAUGCAUGUUCAUGCUGAAAGCUUGUUCACACUUGCCUUGAUCAAUACGUGGUUUGCUAGUUUAAUUAGCCUUGUGGUUUGGAGAGGGGAACAUUCUUGCUAUUCAACUCAGCUUGGGAAAUAAAUUCAGCUCAUUGUUUCGCAGACUCUCUGCUGCCUUCUAGAGCUGGACUCUUUCUGGUUGCUUUGAAGAAAAUACAUGUACACAUUGCAGUUGGAUAUUUACCAUCUCCACUGGAUCAGUUUUUCUUGACCUCAGAUAUGGAUAUAGGAUUUGUAUGCCAUGUGGUUUGACAGAGUGGGAAGACGCCCAAUAAAUUUUUCACAUUUUUCACAAUGAGGAUUUUUGUAGCUUUUGAAGGACUAUGUGAAUCUUUUGACAUUUCAUCAGAGCAUACAGUGAAAGAUAUAAAGCUGAUGAUAAAGGAUUAUUUUCAUGUUCCUCUCUCUGAAGACAAACAAGGUAGGAGAUACUUAGAGUUGACCUAUGCAGGAGCGGUGUUAAAGGACAGCUGGAUUCUUGCUGAUGUAGGGAUAUCCGUUUCUUCCACAAUUAAAUGUGUUGUUAAGGAAGAAGAAAAGCCAAUUCUCUAUGUUUACAAUGCUGUCACCCAUGAAAAAAUGCCGAUCAUGGGAAGGAUUUAUCUUCUUGCAUCAAAGGUUUCUCAGCUGAAAACCCUGGUAACCCUGAAGUGUGGCUUCCCAAACAGUAUUUAUUGUCUCAGGACUCCAGAGGGCAGGGAGAUGUAUGACUGCAAUACCUUGAGUGAUUAUCAGUUAGAUUUAGGCACAACACUUCAUCUGGAUGUUUGGGAUGGAUGGAAAGAAUUCCUGACCGGAUGUCUCUUUGGAAAUAAGCCCAAGGUCCAACAUUAUCUCUCCAAAGAAGAGCCAGUACUUAAAUAUCAAAAGAGGGUAGCUCUUUAUAUAGCAGCCUUUUUGGGACACCUUCAGCUUUCAGCAUGGCUCCUGAAACAGGGUACAAGGCCCACUGACGCGGUGGGUGUACACCCCUAUCGUGAAUGGUGUCAAGAAAACAACCAUCCAGAUGUCACCAAAUGUCCAGUUCAUGCAGCUGCAGAAGCUGGUCAACUCAUGACCUUGAAAGCUUUUGUGAAUUACAGUGUCCUAUGCCUUGAAUGUAGAAAUUCUGCAGGCCAGACAGCAUUGCAGUUAUGUAUCAAGCACAAACAUAAGGAUUGUGUACUGUAUUUAGUUACCAAGAUGUGGUCAGUGAUUUCUUGCCCUAAUUUUUCCCUUCCCAUGAAAAUCUACAUUAAGUUAAAACUGUGGCUUCUGAAGGUUCAACAUAACAUCCAUAAAAAAAAGCGGCGCAAGCAGACUGCAGUCUUCAGAACACGAAUUGGGGAUGUCAUUCUUGUGGAUGGUUUUACAAAGCCAAAGAUGACUUCCAAAGGCUUUUAUGCAGCCCCAGUGAAAGAUGCAGGCAGAGGAGGCUACAAAUGGCCAACAUUAAAUAAUCAGUUCCAACAUGGACAGGGAGCAUUUCAGCAGACAAUUUCAAAAAGGUCCUCCAAAGUGACAAAUCUCAAAUUACCUCCAGUUGGAGAUGCAAACAAGAGUGUGGAUGCAGACAGACUUCAGCAAAAGAAGAAGUCCAGAAGGAAGAAUGUGUGCCUUAGCAAUGAAGAAGAUAUGGAUCAAAAUAUGUAUUUAACAAGUAUUCCUCUGCCUCCUAUUUCUGUCCUCAAGCCAAGUUAUUAUUAUUCCAUACCCAAAGCAAAGUUUCUGCUAAGCCCUUCUUUGGAGUCUUUUUCAGAACAUAGUGGAAGAACACCGAGGGAGAAUGCAAUCUAUUGCUUAGCUAUUGCCAGUGCAUUUAAAGAAAAACCUUGGCUUCAACAACUGGGCAUCGCAAGAACCCUAGCCAAAAAGAGCAUAUGCAAACCCGUGAACUGACUUGACCAUUUGUAAUGAGCAUUUCCAGGAAACAACCCAUCUUGAAAAGAAAAGAUGUAUUUAGAUAUUGCAAUGCAUUCACUGAGAUUUCCAUGCUUUAUUUUCUUGUCCUAUCCGCCACCACUGAAAUAAUGUUCAGAGACUGUUAACAAAGGUAUGUUAUUCACUUUCAAAAAGUAAUAUACAAAGUAUGACUGAAUAUUUUGGACUCUAAAGCAAUUUGAGAUAAAUUUACAUCCAAUUACAUAGGUCUUUUUCAGUAGUGGCCCCCUGCUUUGGGAAUGCCCUCCCAGAGGGGCUUCAUCAGUCUCCCUCUUUGAUUAGCUUUAAAAAAGACUUAAAAACCUUCCUUUUAAAAGAAACUUUUAAAUACUGACCAUAAUAGAGUUUCUAGUUUUAAUCACUUCAUCCAGACUGCUGUUUUAUCUCAUUUUAUCUGAUCUAUUUGCCAUUUUAUCUUGCUGUUUUAAAAACAUCGUUGUUGUAUUGUGUUUUCAAACAUUUUAUUGUCUUUUAUUGCUUUCUUGUAAAUAUUGUUUUGUAGAUUAUUGUAAGUGGUCCCCAGCAGCAGUAUGCUGGAGGAGUGGGAUAUAAAUACCUUAAAUAAAUACGUAAACAAACUAUUCUUGUUGUUAUAUUCAAAAAUCUCUCUUUAGCCAGAGGUUCUCAGGUGAAGUCUCACACAUGCUAUGCUAUAAACAUCAGAAGUGUCAUCAUUGUGAGGGCAAUAAGAAUAAAAAAUACACCUCUCUCUCAGUCCAAACUACUUCAUAGGGUUGUUGUGAGGAGAAAAGCAGGGAGACUGAGCUCCUUGGAGGAAGUAUGGGAUAAAAAUGUUAUGUAAAAAAUAAUGUGAUGUACAAAUAUUGUCAAAUAAAAAUACAUACAUAAAUCCUCCAUGGAUUAUAAAAUAUAAUUGGUAGUGUCUGUGAAAGUGUUUGCUAUUAAUCUGGAUUAUUUUCCCCCUAUUAAUUGUAUAUUUAUUUGGAUAUUCUACUUAAGAUUUUCUUUUCUUCUUAAUUUAUGACCUUCAUAGAACUUCAUAUAAGAACUCUGGGGUGUGCGUGGAUAUAUUGUUUUAAUUAGCUGGAUGAAGGUUUGACUUUAAUGCUGCUGUACAAAAGUCUUGUAACCUUGUAUUUUUAUAUUGUAGUUUUUAUAGUGUUGGUCAUCUUGGACUAUCUUUUGAGAAAGGCAGGUUAUACAUUUUGGUAAAUAAAAAAUGUUGGUUUAUUAGAAUAUUCAUGUUUUUACAAUUCACUCAAAUAGCUUCUUUAGUCUGGUUUAUAUUAGAGCUAAUUAAAUUUUGUUCAGUUUGUUCCAAUCUAGCUGUACUUAAUAUUUUGUCCAUUUGUCUGAAGUGUGUGAAUAAAACUCCAAGCACU